AUGGAGAGAGGGGACGCGAGCGAGGCAAGGAGGUGCGUGGCGAGAUUGAGACGAAGCGCGCGAAAUCGGGAGUCGUACGACGAGGUGGUGGAGUUGGAGGCGAGGUUGCGCGCUGCGUACGUAGCGAAGGAGCUGGAGGUGCAAGUUUUGGAAAGGGAGGCGGAGCGUUGCGUAGCCGAAAUCGCGGAACGGCGGGCCGCGGAAUCGAUGCGAUCGGAGCGGAGGGCGAUGGAGGAGGAGGAUGCUCGCGAGAGGAGGAGAGAUGCGGAGGAUCGGGAGCGUUACAGGAAAGAGUUGGUCGAUCAGAUGGAGGGGAAGAAGGAGGAGAGGAGGUUGAGGGUGGAGGAGGCGAGGCGAGAGAGGGAGGUGUGGAGGGAGGUGGACAGGGCGAGGGAAGAGCGCGAGAGACGGGAAAGGUCGGGGAGGAGGAGGGAGAUGGGCGAGAUGGCGAGGCGAGAACGCUUGGUGGUUUCGGAGAUGAAGCGGCUUCGCGGGGAGGAGGAGAGGGAGAUGGAGGCGGCGAGACGUCGCGAGGAGGAGGAAUACUGGCGGGAAGUGGAGGAGAGGAGGAGGAGGAGGGAGGAAUGGCGGGAACUCGAGGUGCGCGCGAGGGAAGCGACGAGGAGGAAGAUCGCGGACGCGUUGAUCGAUACGGAGGAUAGGAAGCGGGAGAGGGAGGCGUUGUUGGCCGAACUGAUAACCGAAGACGUCAAGUUGGAGUUGUCGAUGAAGGAGGCGGAAGAGGAGAUGGAGAGGGAGAGGAGGAGGGAGGAGUUGGCGGCCGAUUUGAAGGAGCAAAUCGUUUUCACGGAACGAUGCAAAUUGAGAUUCGUGGAGCGGGACAGGGAGUUCGCGGAGGGAAUCAUGAGGAGGAUAAAGGAGGACGAGAAGAUUGGGAGAUUGAGCGCGGAGGCUAGACGAAGGGCGCAACUGCGCUAUCGGGACGAGUUGAAUCGAUUGAUCGAAAUUCGGCGUAAAAUUCGAGAGGAGGAGAUUUGGAGGACGAGGCGAGCGCUGGAGGAGGAGAAGGAGCGUGAGGAAACGAGAUCGGAUCGCGAUAAGGAAGAGAGGAAACGAUUGUUGGAGAAACACGCGCCGAACGUCGCUAAUUUUAUCGAUAAAAUCCCCCUUUCCGAAGAGGAACGAGAGACGAUCGAACGAGUGCGAAGAAACGCAGACCCGUGUCAAUAA